AUUAUGAUCUGCUACCUGGCAAGAGUGGCAUGGUGUCUGAAUCCUGAUGAUUCCAAUGUGUGCAGUCACUGGGAGAGUUAUGCUGUCACUGUUCAGGAAUCCUAUGCCCACCCCUUCGACCAAGUCUACUACACGAGAUGCACUGAUAUUCUUAAUUGGUUUAAAUGUACUAGACACAGAAUCAGCUACAAAACAGCUUAUCGUCGAGGCUUAAGAACAAUGUACAGGAGAAGAUCACAGUGCUGCCCUGGAUACUACGAAAGUGAAGAUUACUGUAUUCCACUGUGCACAGAAGAAUGCAUGCAUGGGAGGUGUGUGUCUCCAGACACCUGUCAAUGUGAGCCUGGAUGGGGAGGAACAGACUGCUCCAGUGGCUGUGACAGUGAACACUGGGGACCACACUGCAGUAACCGUUGCCAAUGUCAAAACAAAGCCCUGUGUAAUCCCAUCACCGGGGCUUGUGUCUGCGCUGAUGGAUAUGAGGGAUGGCGGUGUGAAGGACCGUGUGACCAUGGAAGUUAUGGCAAAGGAUGUCAGUUUAAGUGUCAGUGCCAAAAUGCAGCAACUUGUGAUCAUGAGACCGGAGAAUGCCAUUGUUCUCCAGGCUACACUGGUGCCUUUUGUGAAGAACGCUGCCCAUCUGGCAGUCAUGGAGCCCAGUGUGAAUUACGGUGUCCGUGCCAGAAUGGUGGCAAAUGUCACCACAUCACCGGAGAGUGCUCUUGUCCAGCUGGCUGGAUGGGAUCGGUCUGUGCACAGCCAUGCCCAUUUGGAAAGUUUGGGAUCAACUGUACCCAGGACUGCCCAUGCCAUAAUGGAGGGCAGUGUGACCACGUGACAGGCAAAUGCCAUUGUAUAGCUGGAUAUGCAGGUGACAGGUGUCAGGAGGAGUGUCCUAUUGGCAGUUACGGCUUGCAGUGUGCCCAAAGGUGUGAGUGCCUCAAUGGUGCCGAAUGUUACCACGUUAAUGGAGCAUGUCUUUGCGAGCCAGGAUUUACAGGAGAUCGUUGCCAAGACAGAAUGUGUCCAGAUGGGUUGUAUGGACUGAAGUGUAACAAGCAAUGCCCUUGCAAUGGCAAACAUACUCAAAGCUGCCACCCUUUGUCUGGUGAGUGUUCCUGUAGAGCAGGCUGGACUGGGCUGUACUGCAAUGAGACCUGUUCUCCUGGCUUUCAUGGAGAGAGCUGCCAGCAAAUCUGUAUCUGUCAGAAUGGGGCUGAUUGUGACAGUGUCACCGGUAAAUGUGUUUGUGCUCCAGGAUUUAAGGGAGAAGAUUGCUCUUUUUCAUGUCUUCCUGGUAAAUAUGGAGUCAACUGUUCAUCUACUUGUAGCUGCAAGCAUGGUGGUACUUGUUCUCCUGUUGAUGGUUCCUGUAUUUGUAAAGAAGGUUGGCAGGGAGUGGACUGUUCCAUCCCUUGUUCCAACGGUACGUGGGGGCUUUACUGCAAUAAUAGCUGCACCUGUGUCAAUGGAGGAGCUUGUAAUCCACAGGAUGGCUCCUGCACAUGUUCCUCAGGCUGGCGUGGAAAACAUUGUGACCAGCCAUGUCCGGACGGAACAUAUGGUCUGGGCUGUAGUGAACAUUGUGACUGUUGCCAUGCAGAGGGUUGUGAUCCAGUCACUGGAUUCUGCCGUUGUGCUACGGGUUGGACUGGUAUUCGCUGUGAUAAUGUGUGUCUGCAGGGGAGUUGGGGGCCAAACUGCUCCAUUUCCUGUAACUGUGAAAAUGGGGGCUCCUGUUCACCUGAGGAUGGGACUUGUGAGUGUGCACCUGGAUUUCGUGGAGCCAAGUGCCAGAGGAUCUGUUCUCCUGGAUUUUAUGGCCAUCAUUGCAACCAAGCUUGUCCCCAGUGUGUGCACAGUAAUGGACCAUGUCAUCAUGUCACAGGCCACUGUGAGUGCUUGUCGGGCUUCACUGGUUCCCUCUGCAAUCAAGUAUGUGCUAGUGGAAGAUUUGGCAAGAACUGCUCUGGCAUUUGCUUCUGCUCAAACAAUGGCACCUGUAAUCCUAUUGAUGGAUCUUGUCAGUGUUACCCAGGCUGGAUUGGAAAACAUUGUUCUCAAACUUGCCUGCCGGGUUACUGGGGCCCCAACUGUAUCCAUUCAUGUAACUGCCAUAACGGAGCAGUGUGCAGUGCUUAUGACGGAGAGUGUCGAUGUACACAGGGCUGGACUGGCUUAUAUUGCACGCAGAGGUGUCCAAUGGGCUUCUUUGGAAAAGAUUGCAUCCAACUCUGCAAAUGCCAAAAUGGAGCGGAUUGUGACCAUGUGACGGGCGAAUGCACGUGUCGAACAGGAUUCAUCGGGAAACGCUGCGAACAGAAGUGUCCUCCUGGUACAUUUGGCUAUGGUUGUCAACAGCUGUGUGAGUGUAUGAAUAAUGCCACUUGUGAUCAUGUGACUGGGACCUGCUACUGCACACCUGGAUUCAAAGGCAUCCGGUGUGACCAAGCUGCCCUGCUAAUGGAUGAGCUGAAUCCCUAUACAAGAAUUAGUCCAGCACUAGCAUCAGACAGGCAUUCCGUUGGUGCCAUAACGGGGAUCAUUAUUCUUCUCUUAAUAAUAGUUGUGCUGCUGGUUCUAUUCAUCUGGUACAAAUGGAAGCAGAAAGAGAAAGGCCAUGAUAUGCCCAGCGUAUCCUACACCCCUGCCAUGCGGAUUACUACUACGGACUAUUCCCUCUCUGAUCCAUCUCAGAGUACCAGCACCCUUCACUGUUUUACCAACCCUAGUUACCACACAGUGUCCCAGUGUGGGAGACUCACCCGUUUUAUCAAUAACCCGGAUGAAAGCUGCUUCAUUAAGACAAAAAAACAGCUUUUCUCAAGUCUCAAGAGUGUAGAGCUUUCUGGACAAGAAGGCUGUAGACAAGAUUUCAACAACUCAUUGCAUCCUGAAUGGAGAUACUACAGUAACUUGAAUGAUUUAGAUUAUGUGAAGGGCUCACUGUGCAGUUCCAGCACAUGUUCGUUAAACAGCAGUGAGAACCCAUACGCUACCAUUAAAGACCCGCCAAUGUUAACCUGCAAACAUUCUGAAAGCAGCUACGUGGAGAUGAAGUCCCCUGUUCACAGGGAUCCCCCCUACACGGAGACCGAGACCUCCACAAACAAAAACAUCUACGAAGUUGAGCCAACAGUAAGUGUAGUUCAAGGAGGUCAGGGGAUCACCCCAAGCUGCAGCCAGAACCCAUAUGACCUUCCUAAGAACAGCCACAUCCCAAGUCAUUAUGAUUUACUACCUGUGAGGCACAGCCCAACACAUGUCCCAGAUGACAAAGAGCAAAACAAGCCAAUCAAAGCAUGACUUUGGUCAACUCACAUACUUCUUUUGAAUCUGUUGCUUACAAGAAAUGGUGGCAGAGAAGACAAUCUUUUUGCUGAACCUCAAAGAUGACUUGAAAAUAAAUUCUAAUCAUGAACGUAACAUGGACAUUGCACACAGGCAAUCUGUCACCAUCCCUCAUGUGAAUUUCCUUUGCUGCAUGGUAUUUAAAAAAAAAGUACUUUCAAAUAAUGAAAUUUAACCGAGGAGGCUCGAUUCCAGAAUUGGAAAUGGAUUCUUUAAUAAAAGUUUGUCUGCGCAACCUAGUUCAACUCUUAAAAGGAUAAACACAACUAUCAAUUAGUUAACUCAGCUGUAACUGAGUUUGUCAGGGAGAUGAUUAAACAGCAACAAAAUGCUACAUCGAAUGUAUGAUUUCUUAUUGGGGAGGGGAAAGAAAACAAAAUCUGGCAAAUAUUUUUUUGACUUUGAUCUUUAAUGCUACUUAAUGCUGAUGACUGACUGAAAUACAGCCAUUGUUUAAGAGAAUUAGUGAUGAGUGGCCAGAGUUUCAUUGACUACUCAAUGGAGGUGGUAUAUAGAAAAUCAGUAGAAUGUUCCCUAAAGGUCUCUUAAUUGCAGCAUGAUGCAUUGGCAAUGUCAAAUUCUUUAUUAGGAUACUGAAAGAGUAAUGAGUGUGGGGUUCCUAUAUAAUUUUACAGGUAUGAAAUUUCAGGAAUUAUGCCAGAGCUGAAUUGCAUUUGUAGGUGAGGCAAUUAUCAUCCAGGCUGAAGGAACAUGAUGAAAACUAAGCAAUAUUUACAGCAUACUAUAAAUAGUUACCUUUCUGGCUAACCUUCAGAGGUGGGUGUCCAAGGAUGAGUUUGCCUGCCAGGAUUGUCUGUGAGGGUGUUGAGGGAAGGUCUACUGAAAUCUCACUUAAAUUAACUAAACAGUGGGAUAGACAGUGGGUUUCAUCAUCCUGCUGAACCCCCAAGUCCUCGCAAUCAAAUGGAAUCCAAAGGAGGAGGGGAGCCAAAAGCACUAUGGUAGGUUUUGCAGGCAGUCUAAUACAGUUGAGCUCUUUAUAAUCGUGGAAAAGAAUCUAAAUUUGGUUAUGAUGAUGUAGAAAGCAGCUUUAGGAGGGUCAGCAAUGUACUGACCAUCAUGGAAUAGGACUUAACGCUAGCUCCUCAAAACUCAAUAAACUAAGUUCCUGAUCUCACAACUGUUGGGGAAGUGAGGAAAGGUAGGUGCCAAGCAAUGGUGAGAUGUUUCGGCAUAAAUACUGUUGUGUCUCUAAGUGGUUGGUUUUAGAAUGUCAUUCUAAAUGCAGGAUCUUGACAGCCUAACUUCUCAGCCAAGGUUGCUUGUUGAUGAGCCAUUGGGGGAGGACAACAAGGGAACAUAGUGAUAGCAAAAGCUAAUAUUGGGAAUGGGCUCAAAAAUAAAGUAUGAGCUUUCUUAAGCUAAAGCAUGGAAAUCCAUCAGAAUUAAAUACUAAUAGAUAUUAAAGACUGAUAAGGCUGCUGCAUUGAACACCUACUGCACUGUAAAAAAAUCCUUUGGGAAAAGCUCGUAGUCUUGAUGUCAAAGCCUUGAUGUGAGCAAUGAGAUCAUUCCAGACCUAAAAUGAUCUAAAGAUGAAGCCUGGCAAAUACUGUAUUAUUCCAGUUAAAUCAUGUAACAUGGGGUACUAACACUGGAACAUCCCCAUUUGAAUGAUUAUAACUACUAAAGGAUAUUCAAUAAUGAGGAAAACCCAAUAAUUAAUGCUGUACUAUUCAGUUGUACAAAUUAAGUUACAAGCUGCACUGUUCCAAGAUAGUGGCAGGUUUGGAGAUCCGUUUUCAUUCACAAUACUUGAGUGAAGAUUGUAUUAUUAUUCAUUCUGGGGUCAGUAGUUUAUUUUGCUGUUGCUGGCUUUGUGAAGUGUAUUUGUAUAAUGAACUACAAAUUGAUACAACGUUGCAUAUGGGAUUUAAAGGACAGUAAUACUGUUUUUUAUUUCACUCUAAUAUAAGUUCUGUAUUCCAUAUUUCCCUAUUUAUUAGAAUGUUUAUAGUGUGUGGUUUACAAUUAAAAUGUUCCCAUUAAAUGCUGACCCUAUUAUGUAAU